AUGCUUAAUCUAGAAUGCAAGAAGCUUGGUAAAGAGACCACUGUUGGUGCGAUUACUCAUGAAUGUACGUUUGUAAGAAAUAAAAGAUUGCCCUUGUCCUGGAGCUCCAUGCAAGAGUUCACCUGGAGGGGUAAGGAUGAUUCCAAGAAAGUCUCUCCGUGGUUCUCAGUGUCUUUUCCCGUGUCCCCGCAGAACUCUCCGUCACCUGCAAACCAGCAGGAAGCGUCAGGCAUCCGCUUUCGGAAGGGGGGGAUAGUACUGGUGGCUGUGCUGGUGUGGGGGCGCAGCGGCACCCAGACAGGCAAACACCUUCCAGACCUAUACCAUCAGUCUUUCAUUUUAGUACUGGUGGCUGUGCUAAUGUGCACCCGUACCCAGGCUGGCCCCCUCAUCUCCACCCGCUCCCAGCCUGGCCCUGACCUCCGCCCCUCGGCCGGCAGCCCUGACCGCUGCCCCUCGGCCUGCAGCGCCGACUUCAGCACCUCGGCCAGCUCCUCAGCUGCUCUCCUCGUCUCCGUCUCCAAUGACGCCUGCCGCUUCCACGCCGCCGAUGACGUCCGCCUAUUCCUCUACGCCUCAGACGACGUCUUCUGCUGCUUCCACGCCUCCGACGUCACCUCCUCGUUUCUGGCGAGAUGCGCCACGGCGCCAUUCGUGUCCGCCUCCACGACGGCCAAGAUGGUGGCUGUUCCUUGGUCGCCCGCCUCGCCGGCCUCAGCGACGUUCUACUCGCCGCCGCCACCAGACUCGUCCCCGGUGGAUUCGGGGACACCUGGGCUGGCGACCCACCACCAGUUCGCCCCUCCACCCUCCCUUGACUUUUGUUCCUGUUUUUGGGGGGGGGGGUUCGACCUCCAGGACAUCUGGAAUCUGUCCAUAGAGGGGGGAUACUGUUGCGUCACAUUCGGUCUGCAUCUUCCUCCGCUGCGGUUCCACCCAGAGGGCCCGCUGACAGCGCACCCGGACACGCCCCCGCGCUCGUCAAGUGGACCGCGCCCACUCUCCGCCGCAGCUGGCCGCAGUCCACACCUGUGACUGAUGACGUGAGCUGCUUAAAGGACCAGUGGACCCAGGGAUCCUGGCGGGAACUUAGUUCUCUGUUGAAGUACAAACUCUCCGUCACCUGCAAAGUGAGCUGUGCCUCUCACUCUUCCCCGGAUCUCCUUCGUCCUCGGGUUGCUUCCUUCGUCCCUCGACUCCUCGCUUCCUUGCACGGACUACCCUGCCUGUCUUGCCCUUAUUGGACUGCAUCGCGUCUCUCAACACGCACCUCCAACACUUUGGUAAGACAUUCCAGUUAACUUACACACAUAGCCUCACACCACAUACACUUUUGAAUCUAUAGUUCACAUUCCAUUCUCUUAGUUCGUUUUCUAUUGUUUGAUUAUUAUAGAUAUGUGAUUUAACAUUUAUAUAUAUAUAUUAAAUCUCUGUACACUACUGCCACCUGGUGUCCGUUUGCC